AUGAUGCGGAAGAGUAGCAAUGCCUGGAAUAUCGCUCCGCAGGGAAGCUUCCUAGUCAUCCUCUCCGUGCUUCCCUGGUUGUACGUCGCUUUUGACUUCAUCGGAAACUGCCGCCAUGGCCCAUCCGCGGAGCAAGAGAUGUACCUAUCCCGGCUACAGCCCAUCACUCCCUUCCAACAAAUCCUCGACAAUGUCACAUCCGAUAAACGCGCGAGCCACUACGGCGCGUUCUACAGCCUGUAUCUCGACCCCUUACGCCGACCGCAACUAACCCGUGGUGACGAUCGGAUCCCGGUCUGGGAAAACCAGGAGGUUAACUUGCUGACAGUCGGUCGUGCGUACGGCGACUCGCUGCAGCUGUGGGAGCGGGCAUUCCCGAGGGGUGUUAUCUACGGCAUUGCAAAUGACACCACCUCCUCCUUGAUGCUCCAGGCAGCGGCGAGGGACCCGCGGGUGCGGCUGAUGGUGGGCGACCAGGCGAAUGGGAAUUUCUUGCAGAAAGCCGUUUCUGAUAUUAAGAAUGAGAUGGGCCUUCUUGACUUCAUAGUGGACGAUGGUAGUCACACCAUCGAUCAGCAACAGACAUCCCUCAAACACCUCCUUCCGCUUGUCAAGGCCGGCUUCAUCUCGUUCGAGGCGAUCGUCAACCAAGGCACGUCCGAUAAGCGCACGCAUCACUACGGCGCAUUCUACAGCCUUUAUCUCGACCCGCUGCGCCUGCCGCUGCAGCCCCAAACCCCCGGCGACUGCCAGCAGCCCCAAGCAGGCGAAGAGGACCGCUCUCAAUACACACAGGACGCACAGGACUCGCCGCAGCAGCCGUGGGAGCCGCGCGCGGUGAACAUGCUGGAGAUCGGGCUCAAAUACGGCGACUCGCUCAAGCUGUGGAAGCGGGCGUUCCCGAGGGGCAGGAUAUAUGGCAUUGACAAUGAGAUGAUUUCCAAGCCUCUCUCCUCGCCACUGUCCCGGUUUGUCUCAUCCCCGCCCCUCCUUUUCUCUUGCCUGUCCCACACCCAACCCCAGUCCUCCCCGCCUCUCAUCUCCUCAGAAGCACCAGGCGGAGGCGCGGGACCUUUGGAAGCACCAGGUGAAGGCGAGGGACCCACGGGUGCAGCUGAUGGUGUUUCUUUCCUGCCUCCCCGCCAUGUUCAGCCCAUGCCCAUGCCCCAUCCUCUUUGCCUCUCAUGGCUGCAGAAGCACCAGGCGGCUGAUGGCUUCCCUUGGCCGCUCCUUUGCGCCAUCCCUGUUCCUGACUUGUGUCCCUCCCCUUUCCACUCCGCAGAAGCACCAGGCGGAGGCGCGGGACCCGCGGGUGCGGCUGAUGGUUUCUCCUCCCCACCUCCUUUGGCCCGCCCCCGCCCCACGCCUAUUUCCCAUCCCGUUCACCACUCGCAGAAGCACCAGGCAGAGGCGAGGGACCCGCGGGUGCGGCUGAUGGUGGGCGACCAGGCGAAUGGGACGUUCCUGGAGCAAGUGGUGGCCGAGAUAAAGAGUGCGGUGAGGAGUGGUGGCCGAGAUAAAGAGUGCGGUGAGGAGUGGUGGCUGAGAUCAAGAGUGCGGUGA